ACCUUUGUGAUGACCAGCCGAGCAGUCACCUGCCUGACCCACCUUCCCCAUCUUUCGUCUGUCGCUUAAGAAGGGAGCAGGUUGGCGGCAGCCAAGAUGGAAUGCCUAGACAUAUCCCGGCUUCUCUUCCUCGGGACCACCCACAACCUCCUUCCCUACAUCAUCCCACCCUGGCUAGGGGAGUUUGCGUGGAGGAGAGAGAGCGUGAAGGUGGCCGAUUUUCCUCCUCUGAACUCUCGGUUUGAAGAGGAGCGUUCUACCUCCGCAGCGCCCCCACGCUGCAGCGCGAGAACAGCUGCGGGUUGAGCCCCCACCCCCACCCCCCCUCUCCGCAAUCCGAGAGAACACGAUCCGGGAGGGCUGGCCGCCAAGGACCGGCCCAGAAUAGUGCUACCCCUGUCGCGCACUUGCUAGCGGACUGAGGCUGGCCGCAUGGAGCCCGAGCUGGAGCACACUCUGCCUGGGGUACCGGGGUCCCAGGGGGCCGGCGCUGGGACAGAGGAGGACAGCAAGCUCGUGGCCCUGUACCCUGACCUAGAGCCACAGUGGAGGUCCAGAGAGUCAAGAGAUGGACUUUCUAGAACAAGGAGAAAACUCGUGGCCAUCACCAGCUGUGGCCGCCAGCUCAGAAAGAGCUCAUGCCGUUCAGGAUGUCAAGGCUUCCAGAUGGAUGAGGCAGGAGGCUACAGAGGAGACAGAGCCACCAGGUUUGGGCGAAGGUGCCCAGUCCAGACCAGCUGCUGAGUCCACCAGGCGGGAAGCCACAUUCCCAAAGGCCACACCCUUGGCUCAAGCUGUUUCCUUGGCUGGAGUGGAGACCUCCCCCACAGGGUGGGACCUCCUCUUGCCCAACUGUGCAGCCUCAGCAGUGGGCUCCAGCACAGGUGACCUAGAACUGGCCAUCGAGUUCCCAGCCUCAGAGGCCUGGGACUAUGAGCUCGAAGGUCUGGAAGAGGACAGGCCGAGGCCUUGUCCAUCCCCACAGGCCCCGCUUCUCAGCCUGAGUUGGGAUGAUGAGCUGCAGAAGCCUGGAGCCCAGGUCUAUAUGCACUUCAUGCAGGAACACACGUGCUAUGAUGCCAUGGCCACCAGCUCCAAACUGGUCAUCUUUGACACCACACUGGAGAUCAAGAAGGCUUUCUUCGCCAUGGUGGCCAACGGUGUGAGGGCAGCCCCUCUGUGGGACAGCAAGAAGCAGAGCUUUGUGGGCAUGCUCACCAUCACAGACUUCAUCCUCGUCCUGCACCGCUACUACAGGUCACCCCUGGUUCAGAUCUAUGAGAUUGAAGAACACAAGAUUGAGACCUGGAGAGAGAUCUACCUACAAGGCUGCUUCAAGCCUCUGGUCUCCAUCUCUCCCAAUGACAGUCUGUUUGAAGCUGUCUACGCCCUUAUCAAGAACCGAAUCCACCGCCUACCGGUCCUGGACCCGGUCUCCGGCACUGUGCUCUACAUACUCACGCACAAGCGAUUACUCAAGUUCCUACACAUAUUUGGUGCCCUGUUGCCCCGUCCCUCCUUCCUCUACCGCACUAUUCAAGAUUUGGGCAUCGGCACAUUCCGAGAUUUGGCUGUCGUUCUGGAAACAGCUCCUGUCCUGACCGCGCUGGACAUCUUUGUGGACCGACGUGUGUCUGCACUGCCUGUGGUCAACGAAUCUGGUCAGGUCGUGGGCCUCUACUCCCGCUUUGAUGUCAUUCACCUGGCUGCCCAGCAAACAUACAACCACCUAGACAUGAGUGUGGGAGAAGCUUUGAGGCAGAGGACACUGUGUCUGGAGGGAGUUCUCUCUUGCCAGCCCCACGAGAGCCUGGGUGAAGUCAUUGACAGGAUUGCUCGGGAACAGGUGCACAGGCUAGUGCUGGUGGAUGAGACCCAGCAUCUUCUGGGCGUGGUCUCCCUCUCUGACAUACUUCAAGCACUUGUACUCAGCCCAGCUGGUAUUGAUGCCCUCAGCGCCUGAGAGUACUUGAGUCCUCACCCCCAAGCCGACUUCCUCACCUGAAAACCAAUGAAAGAGUCUUGGAACUUGAAGGGGAACUUGGCCCUCAUCUUCUCCCACCCCCAUUUGCUGGUUCUGUCUUGGUACAGGCUCUCCAACCUUCCCUAAUUGUCCUUGUUAUACCUAUGCUCCCAGAAGCCUUUGGGAAUGCCCAGUGCACCAGGAUGAUGAGAUUAAGAACAAGGGAGUCCAGCCUGAAUGUCCCUGAACCAGAAACACUGCAAUCAGCCUUGGAUCAUCUGUGUACCCUCCCCCUUUUUACGCCUUAACCUGCACAUGGGUCAGGGCCGAGCUCAGGGUGACAAGUGAGCAUGCAGCCUAUGGAUUUAGCCUGGGGCCUGGAAUGCUUGGUUUCUGGACCAUGUACACUCAUGUCUCCAGCUCCCAGGAGCCCUGGCUGUUCUUUCUCUGUGGAGCUACCACUGUACCACCACCAUCCACCAUCCCACACUCCCAGUACUGCCGAGCUUCUGGAGAACAACACUGAGAAGCCAUCCACCAUCCAUCCAUCGUCCUAUUCUCCCGGUACUGCCAAGCUUCCGGAAGGACAACACUGAGCAGCCCUUGGGUCUAGAGCUGUCUGCUAGACUGGGUGCUCCUGACACUGCUGCCUAGAGGGCUCCUUAGCUCUCACCAGUGAGCAGUGUUCCGUCCCCUCAGCGGCCCCUCCCCCCAAACAGAUGAUCUUGCGUUCAGAUCCUUGAGAAUGAGCAUUCAGGAAAAAAGAAACAAAAGAGCAAGCCACGACCUUGGAUGCUGCAGGCUUACUCAAACGCUAGUUACUGAAAUGAACUUGUGACAAACUCUUCGUGUCUCCUGAAUUCAAAGACUUGAAGGAAAACCUGCAACUGACAAAAGCUGCCGGUGGCCUUUCCUUUGUGUAUGGAAUGUUAUUCUGCAGACAGAUUUUUAAACUUUGAUUUGUAACAGAAUGACAAGGAAACCGUUUAUUAAUUACUCACAUGGUAGGUGAAACCCCAGCCCACAAAUGGGAGUUUGCAGGAAACAUAACCGAUCCUGUAACACUGGAUGCAAUUUUUACCAGGACCUCAAUUCACCAGGUGGAAAGAAAUUAAUCUCGUUCAA